UUAUGUUUACUUUAUUAUAUUUUGAACAGCUGCUGUCUCAUGAUGCAGGUUCGCUUACAUCUUCUUACUGCAGUUAUGAAGUGUUUCUUUAAGCGACCCCCUGAAACUCAAAAAGCAUUAGGAGCUGUUUUGGCUGCUGGUCUUGCUGAUUUUCACCAGGAUGUUCAUGAUAGGGCCUUAUUUUAUUACAGGCUUCUGCAAUACAAUGUAUCAGUGGCAGAGAAUGUGGUCAGUCCUCCAAAGCAAGCAGUUUCAGUAUUUGCUGAUACCCAGAGCAGUGAAAUCAAAGAUCGUAUAUUUGAUGAAUUUAACAGUUUGUCUGUUGUAUACCAAAAGCCUUCUUAUAUGUUCACUGAUAAGGAACACCGAGGGACAUUUGAGUUUGCAGAUGAACUUGGAAAUCUAUCUAUUAGUGCAGAAUCCGGAGAAUCUGUUGUUCCAGCUCAGAGAGUGGAAGCAAAUGACAAGGAUCUGCUUCUAGGUACUUCAGAAAAAGAUGAAGGAAGAGAUCCUGGUAGCAAUGGUUCUGCCUAUUAUGCUCCUUCCCUUAAUGGUUCAUCCGCCCCUUCUGCAACUUCACAACCACUUGCAGAUUUGGCAUUUCCAACUACUGGCAUAUCUAGUCAAGCUCCAACUUCUAGCUUGGCAAUCGAUGAUCUUCUUGGUUUAGGUUUUCCAGAUGGAACUGCAGCUACGCCUUCACCUCCUCCAUUGAACCUAAAUUCAAAAGCUGUACUGGAUCCUGGCACAUUUCAGCAGAAAUGGCGUCAACUGCCAAUAUCUUCAUCAGAGGAACAUUCUUUAAGUCCUCAAGGAAUCGCAUCACUGACAACUCCCCAUGCUCUCGUGCGGCACAUGCGAAGUCAUUUGAUACACUGCAUUGCAUCCGGUGGUCAGUCUCCCAACUUCAAGUUCUUUUUCUUUGCUCAGAAAGCAGAAGCAACAUCAAUAUAUCUUGUAGAGUGUAUAAUCAACACAUCAUCAACCAAGUCACAGAUUAAAAUAAAAGCUGACGACCAGAGUUCAUCCCAGGCAUUCUCAACAUUGUUCCAAUCAGCCUUGUCCAAAUUUGGUUUAUCUUGAAACUUUAUGGUGCAUCCUUCAGAGAUGUGGAAGUGGAAUAGGCACUCAUGCAAUUUUGGAAUCCUAGAUUGAAUUUACAAGGAAAUGGAGGAUAUCGGCUCUGUAACCAACCCCCGCCGGGAAAAAAACAUAAAAGAAAAUUCAGAUAGGUGUAUUACAGAAAAUGCAGGGGAUUCCAUUGGCUAAAAGAUUUUGUAGUUGUUCUGUAUCCAAAUCACGUGAUGAUCAUCAAAUAUUCAGUUGUAGAGAACCUAGUCUGCGUUGUAAGUUUGUAGAGGUUUUAUGUUUAUUUUCUGACAUAUUUUUCAAGUGUUCAUCGUUGUCUGUUCUGUGGGUCAUUGGCAUUGGUUGACUAGGGGUUGGUAAUGAAAUGUGAAACUGGACCCUUUAUUAAUUAAUUGCUUUAUACACCA